ACUUGAAGGAUUUAUUCCUAUUGAUGAAGUGGUUAACGCUUUUAUAACGAUCAUUCAAGAUGAUAAACUUGCGGGCAAUACUAUCCUGAUUCUGAAAAAGAAUUUUUCACAAGUUAUUUCAAAAUUAUAG